UAAACUACAGCUCUCUUCUUUCUUUUCAUUUCAGCACCACUCCAAGCUCUGCUCUGUUGGCUGCCAUAUUUCAUCCGAGGAAAAAUGGGCAUCCGAUCGAUGAAGAUAGCCGAGGCCAAACGGAAGCUCCAGCGAACUCUUUCGCCUAGGAACAGAACAGUUUCAGCGCCUACUGAUGUGCCGAAAGGCUGCCUGGCAGUUUAUGUGGGCGAAGCGCUUAGGCGCUUCGUCAUUCCGGUAUCUUACCUUAACCAUCCCUUAUUCCAAGACUUGCUACAUUGGGCAGAAGAAGAGUUCGGGUACAAUCAUCCCAUGGGAGGUUUAACACUUCCCUGCGGCGAAGAUUACUUCAUUAGCCUUACUUCUUUGUUAAAUGCUCCAUAACAGUUGGGUACUGAAGAUACAAACUUCCAGAGGCAUUGAAGGUUUAACCAUUUUUUGGGUGUAUUUCAGAAUGAUAAAAUCUGAGAUUGGAAAGUCAGUCUCUUCGAUUUUGUAAUGUGGCCUAUUGCCAUG